UUGGAAGCCAAAUAUAGCUUUGAAGCAUGAGUUUUUCUGAUGCUUAAAGAAACAAAAUCUACUACCAAACAUUUCUGCAUCUAUAAUUACAUCCUACCAAACUGCUAACCCAGUAAGCGUUAUUAAUUGGUCACAACUGCUCUCAUGAAUUCCAUAAAUGCUGCCCAACAACACUGCUCUAUAAUAAUCCUCUAAACUCACAUACACACAUCAAAUCAACAUUUGUAAUAAUUUCUUCCAUCAGAUAUAUUUUCUUCAAAAACAAUGGCAGGCGAGGUGGUGAAGAAGGAAGACUCUCUCAACCUGAAAGUCACUAACAAGAGUCAUGUUCAACCUGAGGAGAAAAUUGGAAGGAAAGAGUACCAGCUGGUCACUUUUGAUCUUCCCUACUUGGCCUUCUACUACAACCAGAAGCUGCUGUUUUACAAGGGUGAAGAUUUUGAGGGUAUGGUCCAAAAACUCAAAGUUGGACUUGGUGUGGUGCUGAAGGAAUUUCACCAACUUGCUGGUAAGUUAGGGAAAGAUGAAGAGGGGGUGUUCAGAGUGGAGUAUGAUGAUGACAUGCUUGGUGUGGAGGUUGUUGAAGCUGUUGUUGUUGAUGAUAAUGAGAUUGGUGUGGAUGAUCUAACUGUGGCUGAAAUUAGUAACACUAAUUUGAAGGAGCUGAUACCUUAUAGUGGUAUCUUGAAUUUGGAAGGCAUGCAUAGGCCUUUGCUGGCUGUUCAGUUAACGAAGCUCAAAGAUGGGCUUGCAAUGGGCCUAGCAUUCAACCAUGCUGUCUUGGACGGUACUGCCACCUGGCAAUUCAUGACCUCAUGGGCCGAGAUCUGCAGCGGUUCACCCUCCACGUCAGCACCACCCUUCCUGGACCGAACCAAGGCCCGGAACACACGCGUGAAAUUGGACCUCUCGCUUCCUGAGCCCAACGGCCCACCAACUUCCAACGGUGAGGCAAAGCCCGCGCCAGCACUUAGGGAAAAGAUCUUCAAAUUCUCCGAGUCAGCCAUCGACAAGAUCAAGUCAACGGUCAACGAGAACCCUCCAUCCGAUGGCUCAAAACCAUUCUCAACAUUUCAGGCUCUUUCCUCCCACGUUUGGCGCCAUGUAAGCCAUGCACGUAACUUGAAGCCAGAGGACUACACGGUGUUCACUGUCUUCGCCGAUUGUCGGAAGCGGGUGGACCCACCAAUGCCGGAGAAUUAUUUCGGAAACCUAAUUCAAGCUAUUUUUACCGUUACAGCGGUUGGGCUAUUAGCCGCCCAUCCGCCACAAUUUGGGGCUUCAUUGAUCCAGAAAGCCAUUGAAGCCCACAAUGCUAAGGCAAUUGAUGAACGUAACAAGGAGUGGGAGAGUACACCCAAAAUUUUUCAAUUCAAAGAUGCUGGGGUGAAUUGUGUGGCUGUUGGAAGCUCCCCAAGGUUUAAGGUUUAUGACAUUGAUUUUGGGUGGGGGAAGCCAGAGAAUGUGAGGAGUGGAACUAAUAACAAGUUUGAUGGGAUGAUUUAUUUGUACCCGGGGAAGAGUGGAGGGAGGAGCAUUGAUGUGGAACUAACCUUGGAGCCUGAGGCUAUGGAGAGGUUGGAGCAAGACAAGGAUUUUCUUUUGGAAGCAUGAAAUUGCUAGGGUAAGUGCAAUAAAAAAAAAAAAAAAAAGUGGCUAGAAAAGUACGUGGAGCAAAUUUGGAAGCAGUACUACUCAGAUUGUUGAAGGGGUCGACUUCAAUGUCCAAUUAUGAAUUCUGAUGUGAUUCAUGCAUGCAAUUUAAUUUAAGGUCGUGCUGUCUUAGGAUUUUAUAUGUUUUGUACGUGGUUCUACGCUUGAUUGAUUUUGAACCUACUAAUGUUUGUUCAAUUAUCUACGGUCAAUGAUUGUAGUUCACGAUCGAUCGACAAGUGAAAUGAGUUAUUAAUGUGAGUUUUAAUUA